GGCCUUUCGUGGAACGCCGCUCUACCUCCUUACCACAGCCUGCGCCCCAUUUCACGGCCCUUAUCUAUUCCUUUACAGCCAACCCUUUACGAUAUCAGCUAUUGAUCGGUCCCCAUGCUGACCAUAAUCCCUCCUAGUCUGCGUUAGACAUCUGGUGUCGAUGCCUUAGGCCUGUGCAAGCUGACACCCCCUGAAUCUGAAUAAGCUCCGGGCUAGUGGAACGUCUUGAAUAAGCGUCGAUGCUGACCAAAGUCCCAUUCUCACUCCUCCGUGACUCUUCACGGCCUUCUAACCAUUACAUCUCAAGAAAGAUCCCUUCCAGCCAUUAAAUCUCAAGAAAAAUGUCGACAUCUGAGGGCAAGUUUCGUGUCGUGAUCGUCGGUGGCGGCCCGGUAGGUCUCUGCCUUGCCCACAGCCUGUCUCUCGCCGGGAUAGACUACAUCCUGCUCGAAGGCCGCAGUACCGUUGUGGAAAAGACCGGGUUGGGCCUGGCUCUAUGGCCACAUGGCGUCCGGAUUCUCGACCAAAUUGGUCUGCUCGAAGAAGGCCGUAAGGUGUAUUUGCCAGUGAAGGACAAGUACAACCACUUGCCUGACGGCUCUGAGAUCAAUCAUUCUGACCUGUACCAAGAAAUCGAGAAGAACCACGGCCAUCCUUGGAUGCUCUUUCAUCGACAGAAGCUCCUUGAGCUGCUCUACACCCAUAUUCCAGAGAACGACAAGCGGAUUCUUACCGACAAAAAGGUCGUCGCUAUUGACACACAUGAUCAAGGCGUCACGGUGCAUUGCUCUGACGACACCACCGUAGAGGGGUCCAUAGUCGUUGGGUGCGAUGGCGUCCACAGCAGGGUACGCCAAAUCAUGCGCGAUGCGAUGCUGAAAGCCUCAGUCAAAGUCAGGGACAGCGAUUCACCCAUGGUGGCGCAAUAUCAAAUGCUGGCCGGCCAUAUUGGUCGACUCCCCGACAUGGAAGCUGGUCGCUUGUGGGAAACCCGCUACGACAGAGGGAAUAUACAGACAUUCAUGCUGGAAGACGAAGGUUGGUUCCUCGCCUAUAAGCGGCUGCCCGUCCCGAUCAGCGAGUCGACACGAUACACCGAUGAAGAUGCCGAGUCGUUUGCCAAUUCAAUCAUGGAGAGCCAAAUCACGCCGGACAAGAAGUUCAGCGAUCUUUGGGCUGUUCGAAAGUGGUUCCACUUGUUUAACCUGGAAGAAGGAUUUGUCCGGUCUUGGCACUGGGAUCGUAUUGUGCUGCUGGGUGACUCGGUCCACAAGAUGACCCCAAACUCAGGCCUGGGACUGAAUCAGGGCUGGCAGGGUGUGGCUGCCUUGACCAAUAUCCUCCGCAAGCUGCUGAUCGACAACCCGAGCCCCAAUACGAAGACACUAGGGGCGGCAUUUGCAGAGUACAAGAAUCAGACGGAAGGGAUGGCUAGGGACAGCAUGCGGCUUUCAAGUUUGUAUACCCGCAUUACGUCCUGGCAUAACCUGUUCUACAAGGCGGCCGAUUACGUGGGGCCGUAUGUGGGAGGUGAUUUGUUGCUGUUCAGGAUGCUGGCUUCUCCGAUUGUGAAGAGGGGGAUCGUUCUAGACUUUGUGCCCGAGAGCGGACUUGUCCCUGGUAGGAUCAAGUGGGUCAAUGAUGCACCUCAUGAGAGUAUAUGAGUGAAAGAGGCGGGAACGGAAGUGUGUACAGACAGAUUGUUUCAGGGAUAAGCCAGUGCUUGGGUACGGGAUCCACGCUGGUCUAGGCCGUAACCAGCAGACAGACAGAUAAACCAGACAGAUAAACCAGACAGAUAGACCGAAAGAGACAAGUAAAGAAUCAGACCUAAGCCCGAGAGAGCCAAGCCAGCCUGCGAGUUUCCACCUGACCCUUGUUCGGAGCGGAGGUCGGAAAAUGAGAAGGACAGAUGAUCUUGUCGACUGAAUUCCUUUGUCUAGAAUCCCGCGGCAUAUUUCUACUUCGAGUAUGGUUGGCCUUGGCUUUUGCUGCUUUGUUCUUUCUCAACCUCUGCUGAACUUCAGCAAUACUGUUUGCAAGACACACAAUGUUGUAGAAUUGAAG